UGACCGUCUUAGAGUCGAGCACCUGCAGCAAACGAUGUUUACAAACGUGUGUGCAUAAUUCACUAGCAAUAAGUAGGCAUAUUACCGGCGUCUAUGGCUGACGAUUCAGAUUUCGUUGGACAUUUGGUUAAGUUCAACUCACUGUCAUCCGGAAGGGAUAAACUUGCAAGAUUAGUCCAGUAUGCCAGCAAAUUUGCAUGGUGGCACCUACAGAAAGGACACUUUGACCCAAACAUCAUCAACAAAUUUAAAAAUGUGGACAAUGCCCUCAGCACUACAAGAAAAGUCCUACGUUUGGGAAAGAGCAUUGACUUUCUCCACUCAGCCCUACGAAGCAUCCACAUCUCCGACACAGUCCUUCGUUUAACAAUUACACUAUCCAAGAUCAACCAAGCUUGCUAUCUUCUCUUUGACCACAUCAUAUGGGCAGGCCGAAUUGGCAUAGCCAAAGUCGACAGUGCCAAAUGGAAGGAUUUGUCGGCCCGUUUCUGGCUUGUUACCAUAAUUCUCAACCUCAUACGGGAUGUGUAUGGAAUGUGGACGGUUAUUAUCGAAGAACUAAGGUUACGCAACAAGAGGGCUUCCAAGUCUACCUAUGGAAAUGGUGAUGCUAACCACAAAUACAAAACACGCAGAAUCCCAAACGAUACAGAGGUUGUGCUGUCAUGUUUCCAAGAAAGUGUUCCAUUGAUUCUGGACUUUAUUCGUAAUAUGAGUGAUCUUGUCCUUCCGCUGGCUGCUUUGAAGCGGAUCAAUGCUUCAGCUGGGGUGCAAGGGGCCGUGGGUGUCGUGUCAUCGGUUAUUGGAAUCAUCACCACAUGGAAUCCAGACUUGCGAUUGGUUCCUUCCUGACAUUUGGUUUUUAACAAUGACCAUGGUGAUUUUAUUGCCACAGCUAUCAAAAUCCCCAUCCUCCAUAAUUAUGGUGCCUUAUAUCUCCAUUCUAUUAGAGUAUGUACUCAGGGUCCUGUUUCCUCAAAACGAUCAUAGCUCUGAGACGAUUGUUUAACAGACUAAUGAUAGUCAAAGUGCUAGGAUUGUUUCAUGAAAUAGGGCCCUGGAAAUAUUCUUCACCAUACCAUGUUUUGUUACAGUUUUGAAUGGCACAACACUGAAAUAUUUACAUCAAAUCAGAUCACAGUUAAUAAAGCAGUGGUAUCGCCAGUAAUAAAAUCAACUUAAAUAC